AGACUGUGCGCGAUGCAAAAUGGCGGAUCACGAUGCAAAUCUGAAUUCUAUAGCUGUUAGUGAACCAGUUUGCAUUUCCGAUUUUGAAAAUUAUGCCAGAGCAUUUCUCCCAAAGAAUGCUUGGGAUUAUUAUAGUUCUGGAGCAAACGAAGGAAUUACUUUGAGGGAAAACAGACAGGCUUUUGAAAGACUUAAAUUACGUCCACGUAUUCUGAAAGAUGUCUCGAAUAUCGAUAUGUCGACCACAAUUCUUGGAGAAAAAAUUGAUUUUCCAAUUUGUGUUGCUGCAACUGCCAUGCAGAAGUUGGCACAUCCUGAUGGAGAAAUAGCUACAGCAAGAGCUGUUGUUCAAGCUGGUACAUGUAUGAUGCUGAGUUCUUGGUCAACAUCAAGAAUUGAAGAAGUUGCUGAAGCAUCAUCAUCUGGCUUGAAAUGGUUACAACUGUAUGUCUAUAAAGAUCCAAGUGUUACACUAGACUUGAUUAGAAGAGCUGAAAGUUCAGGUUUUAAAGCUAUUGCUGUGACGGUAGAUACACCUCUCCUUGGACGUAGGUAUGGUGAUGCCCGCAAUAAAUUUUCUUUACCUCCUCAUCUAACAUUAGCAAACUACAAGCAGAGUUAUGCAACUGGUGUCAAGAGUGAUAAAGAUUCUGGUCUGGCAACUUUUGUUAAUUCUUUAAUCAAUUCAUCUUUAACGUGGGAGUUUAUUCCAUGGUUAAGAUCUGUGACAAAGUUGCCAAUUGUUUUGAAAGGCAUUUUGACAGCAGAAGAUGCACGAUUAGCUGUUCAACAUGGUGUUGAUGGUAUCCUAGUCUCAAAUCAUGGUGCACGACAACUUGAUGGUGUUCCUGCCACUAUUGAAGCCUUGCCUGAAGUAGUGUCUGCAGUUGAUGGAAAGUGUGAGGUGUAUUUAGAUGGAGGUGUGAGGUUUGGCACAGAUGCUCUUAAAGCUUUAGCUCUUGGUGCAAGAGCUGUCUUUGUUGGAAGACCUAUCUUAUGGGGACUUUCUUAUCAGGGUGAAGCAGGUGUGAGUAAACUUUUGCAGAUAUUCAAAGAUGAAUUUAAAUUAGCCAUGGGCCUUGUAGGAUGUGAUUGUGUGAAGGAUAUUUCAAGAAACCUGGUUGCUCAUCAAACACAAUAUGCAAAACUUUGAUCAUUUCUGAAAUCAACAUCUUCUAUGAAGACCAGACAGAUAUUAAAUAUGAAAUAUUUACCUCCCACAGGGGUUGCUAAACUUAUUUCAUUUGUUAAGGGCCUCUGUUAAGCUGGAUUCAAGCCCCUAUCAUAUUUCAGGAGUUAUGGAAGAAGAUGCAUAUAAAACAUAAUCUGGGGCUGUCAGUGGAUCCAGCCUCUUCCAUAGACAUUUCUUCAUUAGAUUUAUUCUGAUUAAUGCUGAGAAAUAAAA